UUUGACGUAUACAGACAUACGUAUGCGGAACCUUAGUUGUAAACAAAAGCGGACACUGCAAUUACUAGCUACAUUUCUCUUCUGAGCCAAAAAAUAACCGAAACAUAUUCAUAUCUUGUCAGAAGCAGCGUGUUAAAGAUGUUUGGCAGUGGUUGAUGAAAGUGCCAGCUCAUUCCUUUUAAGAAGACAUACUUUGGUGCUGUAGGCCCGCAGAAACGACUAUAGCCAACAUGUCUAGGAAGCAGACGUCAAAACCUGUUCGGAGCAACAAGAAGAGUGAACUGGAACGCAAGAAGGAUGAGCGGGCAGCACGCAGGGCCAUUGUAAAGGACCGCAAGAACCGGCCUCAGGAUGGCGACGAAGGAGCAGAGUUUGUCAGUUUCUCCAAUCAGCUCCAGGCCCUGGGGCUCAAGCUGAGAGAAGUCCCCGGAGAUGGGAACUGCCUGUUCAGAGCUUUAGGUGACCAGUUAGAGGGUCACUCCCGGGGUCACCUGCGGCUUCGGCAGGAGACUGUCCAGUAUAUGAUGUCCCAUCGACAAGACUUUGAACCCUUUGUUGAGGACGACAUUCCCUUUGCACAGCACUUGUCCAACCUCUCUCAGCCUGGUACGUUUGCAGGCAAUGACGCUAUUGUGGCUUUUGCUCGCAGUCAACAGGUGAAAGUGGUCAUCCAUCAGCUCAACGCACCACUGUGGGAGAUAAAUGGUGCCGAGAAGCAGGCAUGCAGAGAGCUACACAUUGCCUAUCGCUAUGGAGAUCAUUAUGACAGUGUGAGGCGGACUGGAGACAACUCUGAGAAUCCUGCUCAGCUCCGCAUAGAGAAUCUGCAGAAUUCACAAGGCCAGCAGCGUGAGUUUGGGGACGGUCAGAGGGACAGAUGGAAAAACCCGUCUCCCACAGCCUCAGAGGAGGACAACGUGAUCCUCAGCUCCAUCAGGAAUCAAGGAAUCCAGGGUGAUGAGGAGAAUCUGCUCCAGCUGAGUGCGGCAACCAUCAACGCAGAAUGGCUUGUUGGCUCCGUGCUGGGCCGGUCCUGCCAGGGCCCGUGUGCCUCAGGAUCCUGCUCAGCCUGCAGAGCUGCUGCCACAGACUGCAAUGAGCAUAAACAGCCAGCAGAGGACAGCAACGUACUAAACCCAAAGGUAUCUAAUAAGCAGAGGAAAGAGCAGCAGCGUCAGGAGAAGAAGAAGCGUCAGGAGGAGAGGCAUCGGCAGAAAUUUCUCCAGAGUAAAGGAAGUCAGGACCAGAACCAGAACCUGCCAGAGGCUGUCACUUUAGUACCAGCUCUCAACACUCUCAGCAUAUAGACUGGAGCAUGGCCAAAAUUACCUACUGCUACUCUCGCUUCCGGUGGCUGGCGCUGUUUUGCACAUAGUCAAAUUUGAUUCAGUCACAGUGGAUGACUUUUCCUAAAGAUAACCCUAUAGUUUCUUUGCAAACAGUAUAAAGGUGCCUGCAAACUUGUGUGUGUGUGUGUGAGAGAGAGAUGUGGGAAAGUUUUAAAAGACAAGAAUGAAAGAGCAUGACCUUCAGUGUUUCUGUUGGGUUUUGAUUGAGUUCAAUUCCCAGUUGGUGUUGGUGUAUGCAGAAACUCCUCAGAUCUGGCCUACCUACCACGCUACCUAGCCCCUUUCUAUGCUGGACAUCUGGCUUUUUAUGACAACCAUGCAGAUAAUCUUGUGCAGCUGUUUUUUUUUUUGGAUUGGUCACAGAUUGAGUUUAUUCAGAUCGGACCAAAAGAGGAAGUGAAAGAAGAGUUGCAGAGGAAUGAUUGUUAUGCACACUGUGUAAUGAAUGUGGCAAUAAAUAAAUGGUUUACUGUUUUUGUGCACAAGAUAAUAUAUUAAAUGGUAUCCAGGGUGA